AUGAGAAACUAUAAACGAAAAACCGAACGGGGCAAAGUUUCAAUUGAGCUUUUGCAGCGGGCUGCUGAUGCUGUUAUUAAAGACGGUCGUAAACUUAAGACGGUAGCUCGGGAAUUAGAGAUAUGUCAUAUGACAUUGUUUCGCUUUGUCAAAAAGUUGAAAGCUGGUGUAACACCUAUUGUGGGUUACUAUUCUAGACAGGUGUUCAACCAAGACCAGGAGAAGACAUUGGCGGAUUAUUUAUUAAAAUGUUCAUCAAUUUACUUUGGUCUUUUGCCAGAAGAAGUAAGGAAGUUGGCAUAUAAUUGCGCUGUCAAAUUUGACAUGCCUAAUAUUCCAGUCUCUUGGCAUAGAAAUAAAGAAGCUGGAUCUGAUUGGGUCACUAGUUUUCUGAAAAGAAAUCCGUCUUUGUCCAUAAGAGCUCCGGAAGCCACAAGUGCAGGACGCGCAUCCUCUUUUAACCGGCACAACGUUCAUGAAUUCUUUAGCAAGCUCGGAGACGUCAUAUUGAAAUAUAACUUGCUACCGUCUAGAAUUUGGAACUUGGACGAAACGGGAGUUACCACUGUAUUAAAGCCAAAGAAAAUAGUCGCUGCAAAAGGCGUUAAACGAAACGAGUUAAAUCAAAGCGUGCUAUCGCUUACACUAGCGGUCGUCGCGGAAAAACCAGCAUCCACUGUCCGUGUGGUGAUACCAGACUACACAUGUAAAUUGCCCACUUGA